AUGGAUUCCUGUGACUUUAAGUUCUACCAUGAAGAUGGAUUUGAUUCCAGACAAUUUCUGGAGGAUUACUUUUCAGAUAAAAAUGACAUGGCCUUUAGAGACGACACUUUGGUAUUUCCAAUUGAAAACCUGAAAAAGAUUUUUAAAGGAGGUCAAAUUAAAGGAGAUGUCCUGAUUGACCUCAGCAUUGGUCCUAUAGCCCAUAAUCUCUUUGCAGCCUGUGAGUUUUUCAAAUAUGUCAUAGCGCUGAAGGACAGAUAUACCUGCAUCAUGGAGCUGAAGAGAUGGCUGGACACACGGACAGGAGCAUUUUACUGGGGCCAUGCCAUGAAACUUCAUGUAGGCAUGGAAGAAAACAGUGACCAAUUACAGGAAAAAGAAGAAGAAGUCAAAUCAGACGUUGCACAUGUUGUGAAAUGUGACCUUGAGCAAGAAAAUAUAAUGGAUCCAAUGGUCUUACCACUGGCAGAUUGUAUCAUCAGCGCUUGGCUCCUAGAUGCUGUUUGUAAAGACCAAGAUGACUAUAGGAGAUAUCUCAGGAAGUUUUCAAGGAUGCUGAAGCCUGGAGGACACCUCAUAUUGAUUGGGGAUUUAGAGAAAACAUAUUACACAGUUGGGGAUGACAAGAUGAAAACUUUUACAUACGAUGAGAAUUUUGCCAGGAAAGCUCUGGUUGGAGAAGGUUUUGCCAUUGAUAACUGUGUAACUAAGAAGGCAUCAGGUGUGAGUGACCUCACUGACUACAAAGGUGUCAUAUUUAUCGCAGCUCACAAAGAGUAG